AGAACUUUCCAAGCGCUUCCAAAUGGAAGCAAGAACCAGUACAAGCCAUCACCAAUGGCGAUUUGCUCUCGUGCUUGACAUGGAGGAGUGGUUAGCUCACACCUCAUCUCGCCCCCCCCCCCCCCCUCCCCAAGAAACCACACACAAGAAAGGCAGUAGAUGAUGAGCGAAGAUUUUUAACUAAACCAUGAGCGAAACGUAGCUAGUUUAUCCCCAGCCAUAGCUUCCUGCUGACACGGGGAAGAAGUGGGAUUCUGAUGCCAAUUUAUUUGGCCAGGUAGACGCUCUAAAUUAGCACACCUACCCAUCACCCGCCUCAAUCAUACGACUACGAGCGAGGGAGUUGAUGCCAUCUUCCGAGUCGCAGCUCGACGGAGUCGACGGAGUGUAGCGGGCAGCGGCCAUGUCGUCGUCGGUCUGGCACGGCUCGUCAAGGGGCCAGGCAUGGUUCUGCACCACCGGGCUGCCGAGUGACGUCGUGUUCGAGGUGCACGACAUGAUCUUCCACCUCCACAAGUUCCCGCUCAUGUCCAAGAGCCGAAAGGUCCACCGCAUGCUCACCGAGCAGGAGGAGGAGCGUCCGUCGCGGCGGCGGCGAAGGAGGAGAAGUAGUGAAGGAGGCGAUGCCGGCGAUGACGGUGCAGCGGAAACGGAUAUUAAGGAAGCAAACGAGGAGGAGGAAGGGGACGAGCAACAACAGGUUAAGGGGAGGGAGGGCGACGGGCAGCCGUACCGCAUUGCGUACCCGGACUUCCCGGGCGGGCCGGGCACGUUCGAGGCGGCGGCAAAAUUCUGUUACGGCGUCCGCGUCGAUCUCACCGCCUGGAAUGUCGCGCCAUUGCGUUGCGCGGCAGAGUACCUGGAGAUGACCGAGGAGCACGCCGAGGACAACCUCGCAGCGCGCGCGGAGGCCUACAUGGAGCAGAUCGUGCUCCGUCACCCCAGCGACGCCACCAAGGCGCUCAAGUCCUGCGAGGAGCUGCUGCCGCUCGCCGAGGAGCUCGGCAUUGUGGCCCGCUGCGUGGAGGCCAUCGCCGCGCGCUCGUCGGCCGCGUCGCGGUACUGGUUCGACGAACUUGCCGUGCUCGGCCUGAACAUGUACAAGCGGGUGAUGGCUGCCAUGGCCGCGCGCGACGACGUGAGGACGGAGGCCAGGGAGAGUUGCCUCGUGUCCUACGCCAGGGGCACCAUCCCGGGCCUGUCGAGGUCAAUGCGGCGGCGGCUCGCGUCCGCGCCGGUGUCGUCGGAGGUGGAGCAGAAGGAGCUCCUGGAGGCGGUGGUCGCGAGCCUCCCCCCGGACAAGUGCUCGGGGCGCGUGGUCACCGCGAAGUUCCUGUUCGCGCUGUUGCGGACGGCGCAGAUCCUGCGCGCGUCGGACGCGGCGCGCGCGGCGCUGGAGCGGAAGGCCGCGACGCAGCUGGAGCAGGCCACGCUGGAGGACGUGCUCAUCCCGAGCUACUCCGGCGCCACGGAGACGCUCUAUGAUGUGGACUGCGUCGAGCGGGUCGUCAGGUACUUCCUCGCCGAGGAGGAGCUCGGCCAGGCGUCGUCGUCAGCUUCAAUUGAGGAGGAGGAGGCGGCAGAGGUGUCGCGGCCAUCCGCCGUGGCCAUGGUGCAGGUGGGCAAGCUGGUGGACAGCUACCUUGCCGAGGUCGCCUCCGACGCCAACCUGGAGCCCGCCAAGUUCUGCGAGCUCGCUCUGGCGUUGCCCGACCAUGCCCGCAUCUACGAUGACGGCGUCUACCGCGCCGUCGACAUAUACUUCAAGGCGCACCCACAGCUGACGGCGGAGGAGCGGGACAGGGUGGUGGGCGUGGUGGACUGGCGGAAGCUGACGGUGGAGGCGUGCACGCACGCGGCGCAGAACGAGCGGCUCCCGCUGCGCGCGGUGCUGCAGGUGCUCUUCUUCGAGCAGCUGCAGCUCCGGCGCGCCAUCACGGGCACGCUGCUCGCGCCCCCCACCGGCCCGCCACGGGCGGUGCUGCGGCAACAGCAGCGCGCGGGCCCCGAUGAGGCAUGGCGAGGUGCGGUGCAGGAGAGCCAGAUGCUGCGGCUGGACAUGGACAGCGUGGCCAGCCGAGUGCAUGAGCUGGAGCGGGAGUGCUCCAGCAUGCGGAGGGCCAUCAAGAGGAUCGACGGCCGCGGCGGCAGCCGGUCACCCGGCAGCGCGGAUGGGCCAAGGCCGGCGGCGGGAGGCUGGAGGGCGCAGCACGGGUGCAAGUUCAGCACGCAGGUGCGCGACUCGCACGCGCGCAAUGUUGUCGCGUCCAGGGCGUCCAGGAUGGGGAUGAGCCCGUAGGCCAUACGUGCAGCAGAGCUCGUUCGUAACCUCGGGCGCUCGGCUCAAACAUGAAAAUUUCACGAGCCAUCCGACCAGAAAUCAGCUCUCGAGAUGAGAAUGGUUGGGCAGCUCCAAAUCGUUUACCGGCGAGAUCCAAACCCUCAAGGUCUCAGAUGUUUUCCGUCACGUCCUUGUGAUUCGCCAAUUUUACGUUACUCGUGGACCUGAACGGCAUCAUGGCCAUUGCCGUUUGUGUCGACACCAGAGGGGUACCGAGGAUUCGUGUGUGUCGUGUGUACCAGAGAGCAGUUUGUAGAGUAGCAAGCAGGUUUCAUCCAGCAUUCCAGAUCGUUUCAACUAGCUCGCUAUUGCUCGAAUGUGUGCCGGUCCAAAUGUCUGGUACUGCUUCGUUUGCCAUGCAUGCUCUACACAAGACAACCCUGUACACUCGACCUGUCAGGAUUUCUUCAGGUUGUAGUGCAUGCGCCAAUGUUAUCCGAGCUCACAGCCAGAGGGCGAUGCCUACGAGACAGACCUUCAAGUUGUCCGUACAGUAGAUAGUCUCGUCAUUUUCUGCUAAAGAGGAGGAAGUGGAUGAGGAGAGAGAAGUGGCUCGUCUUCCUCCUUGGGAGCGUAUGUUGGUGGCUGCAGGAAGCCUGAAACGUUGCAGAAAGUAGGCACUCAAUCUACUCUGUUCUGCUUGCUGCCUAUUCUCCCUACUGUAGCUUAUCGUUUUUUCUUUUCUGCGAUCAGUUUUCUAGCCUAUCUGACAACCACGAAUCCAAAUGUAUGUCA